AUGGGUGCGGACGUGAGCGCUCUCCGCGAGAAGCUGGACGCGUCCACCAGCAGGUGCGAGGCGCUCGAAAGGGAGACCGCAGAGCUCAAGUCGCGCUUGAGCGCUGCCGAAACUGCGUACGACGAAAAGGAAAAGGCGCUGGCGAGGCUGGCAAAGGCGUCGGUGGUGAGGCUGGACGCGCAGAGGGCGGAGAACAUGAAGGAGACCAAGCGGGCGCAGCUGUGCGAGGAGCUUCGGCGCGAGGACUCCGUGCUCAUGACCAAGCUCGGCAAGCUGCUCCUGCACGCGACGCCGGACACAAACCAGGCUGCUGCCAGCGCGGCUCCCGAGGUUGAGGGCUCUGAUGAAGUGAUUGAGUGGAGUGGAGAACAGGCGCAGACCGGGCUCAAGCUACCGCACGAGGAGGAGGGGCUGGUCGGCUCGCUCGGCGUGCUCCGCCGCUUCGGCGCCGCCGAGGGCGCCUCCGGUCCGUGGGCCGCGCUCGGCGGCUCGCUGCUCUGGGACGCGCGGCAACGCAAGCUGGCGGCGCUGCAGGUCGCCGCAUGCGCCGAGCCGUCGCCGAGCCAGCUGGUCUGCCUCGGCGUGGACCAGACGGGGGCGCUGACCGGCAGUGUGCGCUCGACCGUCGACUCCUUCACGCUGCUCGCCAGCGCCUCGGUCGACCUCAGCAGGCGCGCGGGCCUGUGCCGCCCAGUUCCCGACUUCGUCUUCCCUUGCGAUGAGCUCCGGCUUCUGCCCCACGCAGGCGCAAAGGCCCGCGGUUCGGGGUCGACCUGA